UCAAGGAUGGGCAGAGAAGCUUGGAACAGAACUAUGGAGUCUGGGGGAUUACGUUACCAGGAGAGUCGAUGUCAUAAAGAGUUUCAAGGAGGCAAAAGUGGAGUCUCGAGAUGGAGGGAAAGUGGUGAAUGAACUUGUCAAAGACAUGGAGAAUAUGAUGGAGCACAAAGUGGACGCAGUGAGGAGAAUAAUGGACACUGCAGAGAAUGCAGCAAUUGAUUCAAAUCCUGAAGAAGAUAUAGGUGACGAGUUUGAGUACUUCAAUGCGAAGCUGUUGAAGCCGCCAGGUACUUAUGUUCCAGGAGUGGACCCGAAUGGCACUCGGGAGCUAGAGCUCACCCCCAACUCCCACUUUUUUGACAUGCCGGUUAACACUGCAGUUAGCUCUGUGCAUGUACCCACCAACGUCUUUGAUAGAGCGAAAGAGGUGAUACAUGCUGUGAAAUGGUCAGAACGGCUGGAACUGACUUUCCGUGACAACUACAAGAGUGAUCCAAGUCUCUCAUGGCAAUAUUUUGGCAGUUCUACUGGAUUUAUGCGCCAGUUUCCAGCAACGGACUGGGAGAUGGAGCCAGUAGAUUUGUUCGACUGUCGUACUCGGUCUUGGUACAUAGAGGCCGCUACUAGUCCCAAGGACAUCCUGAUCUUGGUGGAUAACUCAGGCUCAAUGAUGGGUCAACGGAAGGAGAUUGCCCGUCAUGUUGUCAAUAGCAUCCUGGACACUCUGGGGAACAACGACUUUGUCAACAUCAUGACCUUCGUCAAUGACACUAAGGAGAUAGUGGAGUGCUACCGGGACAUGUUGGUGCAGGCAAACCUGGAAAAUAUAAGAGAGCUGAAACUCGGGAUGAAGAACAUGGGACCUGCCACUUUCAUAGCAAACUUCAGCACUGCUUUAAUAACAGCCUUUGACAUUCUUGAGCAGUACAGGGAGUCUCGUAUGGGCGCUGCCUGCAACCAGGCCAUCAUGCUGGUCACGGACGGGGUGCCUUACAACUUCAAGGAAAUUUUUGAGACUUAUAACUGGAAGAACUUGCCAUUCAUGCCAGUUCGAGUGUUCACUUAUCUGUUGGGCAAAGAGGUGGCUGACGUCAGAGAAGUCAAGUGGAUGGCGUGUGCCAAUAGAGGGUACUAUGUGCACUUGAGCACGCUGGCGGAAGUCAGAGAACAAGUGCUACAGUAUGUGCCAGUGAUGGCCAGACCUAUGGUGCUCCACAAGGAUAAACAUCCCACCAUCUGGACACCCGUCUAUGCUGAUACUACGGACCCGUCCAUGACAGAUUGGCUAUGGGAGAAAAAGGAAUGUAAUGAGCAGAAACAACGUUCCAUGAACUUUCGUAAGGAUCGCCAGAAGUUCAUGGAUCCUGACGAACAAGAAAAACGGAACAUUGACAAACUGCGGAAGUUUCAAGAUCAGACUGCAGGAGAUACAACCAAGUACAGGUUCAUGACGUCAGUUUCGAUGCCAGUAUUCGACAAAAGAGAUACAGCGAAAGUUAAAAUUGGCAGAGAUUGCUAUGACGUGGAUCCAACGUGUGCAAAACCAAAAGAGAUGAAAGUAGCAUAUUUAUUAGGAGUUGCUGGCACAGAUGUUCCAGUUGAAGACAUCAUGAAAAUUCUAAAGCCACAUUGGCUUGGCGUAAAUGCAUAUGCGUUUAUAGUAACUAACAAUGGUUACGUGUUAGUCCACCCUGACCUCCGUCCUGUGUUUCAAGGCAUCCUAAAACCCAGCUACAACAGUGUAGACAUGACGGAUGUAGAACUGAUGGACGAUGGUCAGGGACCUCACAACUUCAGCAAGAAACUUCUUGAGUUCCGAGAAAAGCUUGUCCAGGGGAACAUUACAUCCUCUAUAUCCCUGCCUAUGAAGCAGCACUUUGACAAUAUGAAAAGGGUUAUGAGAGGGAUACGUUUCUACUACUAUAAGCCUAUAAGAGACUCCCCCUUCACUCUUGUGGUCAGUCUGCCAGACCACUACGGCCGCUACCAGGUCGAUGCCGUAGUAGAGACCCAUCUGCUGAAGAGCAGCAAGGGCAAGCUCAAUUUCUUUGAGGGAAAGAAUUGGAAAGUCCAUCCUGACUGGCUCUAUUGCAAGUAUCGAAUGGAUACUGAGGAAACCCAAUCCUUCUUGAGUCCAGAGGAAGAGGUUGAACAUUUUUUUGCAAAAACACAGUCAGCAGGAUGGAACUGGCCCACACAAUACCCACCAGCUAAUGCAAGUGCUGCUUCAAAAAGUGAUAAGUCAGCAAAUAAGAUCAAAACGUAUUAUUGUGACCGCAACCUUUUUCUGUCCUUGGUGUUUGACGCCAAGGUCACCUCCUGGUUCACUAAAAACGUGAGUGCGGCUUCAGCAGAAGACAAAGGGAAGGAGUUCAAGCAGCGUUUCGGUUUGACACUAGUAUUCCUUGCAACCCGAAGUGGCCUCACGCGAUGGCAAGACUUCCCAGACUCCUCUGGCCGAGAUGACAGCUCUAACGCUCCCCAUUUUAAGGACAUUCAUAACAAGGCAAUAGACGAGGUCUGGUACAAGCGAGCAGUCGAGCAGAACUUUGAUGAUCCUGAGAGAUUCGUAUACUCAGUGCCUUUCAGUAGUGGUAUUUUAGGCUCAGAAGUUCCGGAUAGGAAUGAAACUCUGGUUACAGCAGCUAAUGCCAUCUUCGUGGAGAACGGGGACAAGAAAGCUCCAGCUGCUGUUGUGGGCUUUCAGUUCCAACAUUCAGCUCUCCACAACCUCUUCAUUAAUAUCACACAUUCUUGCCCCACAAGUAUUGGUGGCAACUGCAAGCCCACACAGACAUGUGGUAGUGACAGCUUCGAGUGCUACGUAUUGGAUAGCAAUGCCUACAUCAUCUUGUCUGAGAAUAAGGAGCACACAGGCUACUUCUUCGGUGAGGUGCGUGGCUACGUUAUGGAGAAGCUGGUCGAGGAGGCUGUGUACCGCAGAGUUCACAUCUACGACUAUCAGGGUGUCUGCUUCAUCAGUGAGAACCAGGGCAGCAGCCGCUCCAAUAGUCUCAAGAAUCCUCUACACUAUCUGAGCUGGUUGGGAAACUGGAUGGUUGCCAACAUCGUCUGGUUCUUCGUCGAGUUUAACCUUCAGUGGAUCGGGACUUUGGCUUUCUCCUUCCCGAAUGAAGAAGCGGUGGUGUCAGAUGACUACAAUACAGAGACUGAGGACGAGGACGGGGAAGACAUAGAUCCAACUACGACUAUUCCCUCAGGGGAGAGCAACAUUAAGGAUGUGUUCAGCAAGGCCAUGAUCAACCGCACACUGCCUGCUCCAUGCACCAUGGAGGUGGAUCUGUACCAGUUGGAGCCAGAGCGGAAGCGACGGGUGCAAGAUGGGCCCUCUGGCGGAGGUCCUUGUCGCCCACCAUUCGUUGUGCAGAGUAUUCCAUUCAGUGACAUGAUUCUGGUGGUGGUCCAUGCUACAUGUCCCCAGGCCUCUGACCCCUCUGUGUCCCCCUUGAAUGUUAUCCCGAGUGAGGUCAACUACAAUGGCACCAGCCUUAAUUGUCAAAAGAUCAAGUUCAAGCACAACUUGCCUCGUAGAAGGCCUCCUUCGUGCAUCAAGGAACAUGAAAAAGAAGAAGACAUCAAACUAUGUGGCAGUGCCAACAAGUUGAUACUAAGUUACGCCUUGGAACUAACAUGCCUGGUGAUGGUGUAUAUGAUAUCUUUGUUCUGCAAGGCAAGUUAAUACUAAUGCAAAUUCCUAAUUAAAACUGUGACUGUGAUAUGAAGUAAAACUUUCACCAAUCAUAGAUGUAACGCCACCUCAAUGAGUUGCCUGCCAGAUAUAUUUGAUCCUGACAGCACUGAAAUGGAAAACAAGUUAUUAAAAUCUUUUAUAAACCAAUUAAUCUCGAAUAAUUAUUAACUGUUCCAUAUAAAUUGCUUGAUCGCAUAAUUAACAAUGCUCAUGCUGUUGUACUCACAAACUCUGUAAAACUUUCCUUGUGUCAUUAAUUUUACAUUUCGUCAUAUGUAUGUGAAAUUUAUUGAUGUAGAAUAAUUAAGAAAACUACAAUGUAGAUUCUUAUGUAAAUGUCUGGAAACCACAUUUACGUAUCUUUGUAAUUAACUGUAACCGUUCCAAUUACAUGAAUACAUUUAUUAUUAUUGUAAGUGCAUUCAAUUUUUAUAGAAGGGUGAUAAUUAGUUUACUUACAAGCUAGAAAUUUGAAUAAAUUUAGUAUGCAUGAGGAGUAAUUAUGCAGGCACAGUUUGAGAUUUUUACAGCAAACUUUUUUGUAAUUGCUUGUAUUUAAUAAUAUUCGCUUGAUGGUUAUGAAUCAUUUUUGUGAUAAAGCCGAACCAUUGUUUUUUAAAUGGUCUCUCUAUAAAAAGCUCAAUAUGGUAAAAAAAUUGUAAAAUUCUUUGGUUAUUUGUUACAAAUUAACAACAGUACAUUAUACUAUAUUGGUUUAAUAUAUUUAUUACGAAAAAAUAAUCCUAAACAUAUAUAAAUGUAGUUUAACCAGAAUCAAAAUAAGUAGAAAUGCAAUAUUCAUUCCAGUCUCAGUUUGUGUUUAACUUCACUAUAGCAAGUGAUAAAAAAAGUAAAGCAUAGAGUCGUGAAAGGUUUUUUGAUGUGUUAAUUGUCGACUAUGCAAGUUUUGAUUUUGUUAAACCUUACACAGAUCUUCUGUCAACUGGGUUUGACAUAAAUUUGACAAGGGAUUAUGUAACCUUAACCUUUCAUAUGCUUAUCUGGAUACCUGAUAAUCAAUUUUAAUUAAAUAAAAAUAAGACUGAAACUGUCAUUUUCAGUUUAGAAUCAAUACCAGAUUGAUUCUGUCCAUGAUGUAAGAAUGUGUGUGGUCUUGGGCUCUCAACUUAAAUAACUACCUAAAAGGCUUUCUAGAAUAAUAUUUUUAUUACUAAUACUGGUUGAGUUUGUGCCAUUUCAUUAUAUCAGAAAUUGAUACUUUGCUUUUAUAUUCUAUAGUAUAAUAAUUUUCUGAAGAAGAUUUGGAAAAUUGGCUAAGUUCUUGUAGACAAAAACCUCUUAAUCAUACUUGUUAUUAUAGUUAUUAUUAUUAUUAUUAUGUUAUUACAAUAAAGCAGAAUACAUUUCACAUUGCAAAUCCUUGUUUAUUAAGUAUGAAAUAUUAAUUGUUAUUAAAUUAUAUAUAUAUAUAUAUAUAUAUAUAUAUAUAUAUAUAUAUAUAUAUAUAUAUAUAUAUUUAAUUUAGUAUUAUUUAUUUAUAAGGAAAAAAUACUAUUAAUAUUGAAAUGUGAUACAUUUAAUAAAUACAUGGAAUUUUAACUUACUAGACACAUCCCUUUCAGCAGACUGGAGAACAUAAAAUUCAGCUACAUCAUAAAUAGCUUGUUUGUACAAUAAAUUACCUGCAAAAAUUACAAUAAAACUUAAUUUAAAAAAAAUGUUAACCCUAGAACUGUGCCCAUGCUGCAAAUUAAAAGUGAAUUUGCUAUUUCUUGUACGUUAAGAAAACAUUUAUAAAAAGAAUGAAAGCUGCAUGAUGUAUAUAAUGCUGUAUGUUGUUUUUCUCAUAAGGCUACUUACUUUUAUUAUAUAUUAUUAUAAUUUCAAUAAUUUUAGUGUGAAAUAAGUUUUGUAAUAAAAAAUUAGAAUUUAAAAAAUGUUUAAUCAAAAUUCUAUUUUUCAUUCAACCUUUACAGGGAUAGAAAACAAUAGUUAUAAGAAAGUUUGAGACAGGAAACAUUUUUAUAAUUUUAUUGAUAACAAUAAGCCAGCCGUAUCUUAUUUUUCAAUAGAGUAAAAAUUGAAUUUUUGACAAUUAAUAAAAGUGCAAAAACUUGGUUGUUAUACGUAUAAAAGUGGCUGUAAAAAGGAGGGAUUGAGUCACAAAGUCACUUCACUUUAAUUGGGUAAGGGUUGCCACUCUGUAGCACCAAAUAACCCUUCAUAUGUACAAAUUGGUGUAGCUUUCUUGAAGUAAAUAACUGUAUAAUAAAAAUGUUCAGACCCUUUCUCAGCUAUCUAUAGUUUAUAUGUUUCAAAGUCCAAUUGGGAGAGGUGUGGGAAAAUGAUAAUUGUCAACAAACUGCUUCACUACUUGAGUUGGCAGUUACACUGACAGACAGAAUAUAUUCUUCAUUGUUUGGAUCCCAGCAAACCUGUUUCCACGACCUGCUUGUCUUUGUUGGAGUGGUUGAAAAUGACAUAUUGUUUCCCUUCCACUUGCUUGGUGCACUAAUUUCAAAUUAUGUUUUGAAAAAUGUUCACUACAUUGAAUUUAGAGACAUAAAAUAUAUUGAAAUAUGUAAUUUAACGUUUCAUAAAUUUAUUGGAACCAAUAUUAUUAUGCCAUCUCAUUAACAACUCUUGUAUUUAAUUAAGCAGUCUAACAAUAGCUCAAAUAUGGCCUUCACAGUUCUAGGUUUACAAAUAAAAUUCACUAUUGGAUGGUCUUAAAUCUAUAUUACUACAUUAAUACAUUUUUAAGUGUGCCUGUAUCAUACUUCUUUUUUAUGUUUAACAUUCCUAUUAUUUGUGUUCUUGUUGUGCAUUAGGAUAUUUAUUGUACUGUUAUUUCAGUAAAAUUGUUAUCCUCUUUUUAAGGUUUGUUGAUUAUUUGUUAUGUUUAUGUUUGUUAACUUAUUUUUACUAUUUGAAUUUUUUGGUCAGUUUUGAUUAAGGCUUAUGUGUGUUACAAAUUGUUACUAAUAAGUAAUGUGUACAUGGUUUAAUUUUUAAGUAUGAAAUGGUCUAUAAAUUGGUACUUUGCAAAUAGAAGUAAUUUCAUGAUAAAAUAGGUACAUCAUUCAAUCGUACAUAACUACUGGUAAUGACAACUUAUUUAGAUCUUAUGAAUUUCAAGUAUGUAUGUAUCUAUUACAUGUAUACAAUGUGUUGCUAAGGAUGGGUUUCAGUUUCAAUAAUUUGGUUUACUAUCAAAUUUUCAUUGGUAUUUAGUUUUAAAAAUUUUUUAUGAAAUUACAUUUUGUAACGAUACCUGUUUAUUUUUUGAAUAAAAUAAAACAAUAUAUACACUUAAUUUAACAUUUUUGGACCACCAUUCCAUUUCUGCAAACUCAUGUAAAGGAGUUGUAAAUUUUAUACACCAUUCUUUAUAUUCUGAUUCGUAGUAUCUGAGUAAAGUUUCAAAAUGAUCAAACAGUAAAUAAACAUGUCAAGAAAUCUUAAAUAUAUAAACCUCUUUGUGGGAUACACUGUAUAUGUUUAAUGUAGUUGAUUAAUUGAAGGUAUUUUGGUAAACUGUGGAACCCAUUUAGAAUAUUGGCGGAUUUUAUAUUCUGACAACAAUUAUUUUAAGAAAAGUAUUAUUAAAAAAUAUAUUUCUUACUCAGAUAUAUAUACUUUACAUCUUAUUAUUUUCCUAAAUUACAGAAAUAAUAAAAACGUGCAUUGUACAGUCGCCACUCUUUCAAUCACAUCUUUCGCGGAACAAUAAAAUUGGAGUUAUUGUAUGAUUUAAUUAAUGCAGUGCAACAUCAGUAAACUUGAUGUACAAAUUUUUGAUAUAAUGUUUGGGUUUAAGUGUGGUAGAACAUUUUUGACUUGGUUCACGGUUUAUCCUUCGUUAUAACUAUAAAAAUAUCAGUCACAUUUAUGAAUGACAUGUUUGUCAUGUCAUUACAAUAAAGUGUUUACACCUUUGGUUAUCCAUUGAGUGGGCUUGUAUCGUGGUAAUUUUUACAUUAUUACAGAGUAAUAUCAUCAUUCAGCAUUGUGGUAAAUGGUGCUAUCAGGCACUUGAAUAGAGUUUGGUAACAAUAAGUGUCUUUAUAACUGAAAUGUUAGAUGUAAACUAAGUAGAGUAUGCCAACGUUCAAGUCCUAGUAAUGUUAAAGAAGCCUAGUUUCUCCAGGUUGUGAGUGUCAUCUAAUGUAGGUCGAGUAAUACAAUUGCAUAGGUUUCUAACUACAAGUUGGUUGUAAUAUCAUUUGUAGUUCAGUCAAUUUUGAUGUAAAACAUGCUGCUAUUGUUAAAUUUGUAUGAAGAAGAGUCACGACUAUUAGAUUACUGCUAGGCUUUAUAAUAAUUUUUAAAAUCUUUAGUGGUGUGCUAAAAUUCAGUUGUUAAUUAGUUAUUGAACCAUCUUUAAAUAUUUUGUUAUUGUACCCCUUGAAUUCAAUUUCUUGAACUUUUAUUUUAGACAAGAAAUUAUUUUAUCUGAAAUCCACCAACCCUCGGUUUUUUUUUAUAAGAAAAAUAAUUAUUAGUUGUAUUGGCCUAAUACAUUUUUAAUUGUGGGUUUUUUUAUGAUUAUUAUAAUACUUGUGCAAAAUGUGCUAUUUUCAAUAGUAUACCAAAUUUACUUCCUAAUGGCUAACUAAAGGUUUAUUUUUUCAAAAUUAAAAGUUUUGCAAUUGCUGUUUUAAUAUACAAUAAAAAUAUGGAAGUGUUCUCUCGUGACAGAGAAACCAAAUCAAUUAUGGACCAGUAGUGUCAGAAGCACAUCACAGUAAUUCAAUCAGGAGAAGGUGAUUUAAAGUUGUGUGGUUUAAAAUAUUUACAAACAUUUAACAAUUUGGGUUAUAAAUGGCAUAUUUAUGGGGUUUUACAUUGUUUUAAUACAUUAAACUCCAUUUGCAAAGUGAAGUUGUUCAAAAAUUCCCGGUUCGGAAAUUUGUAGAAAUAAACAACCAAUAUAAAAAUUAUUAAAUAAAUCUUUUUGGCCAAACAGUAUCUUUGUUUCUUUUCUAAAUCUGUGGUGUAUAAUAUUAUACCUCUUUUUCACAAUACUCUUACACUACCUUUAGGAAUAACCUCCCGACAAGAAGCAAAUGAGUGCCAGAUGGAAGGUUAACUAAAUUUAAAGCAUUUGUCUGUAUUACAAAAUUGUUUAGUAUUUAUAAUAUAUGUAACCAUAAUAAAUGUGAUAAAACAAAUGAAACACAAUUCACAUAAAAAUAUAACAAAAACAUUCAACAAAUAAAUAUCAAGUUAAUUCUUGUAACUCUUCUUUAUUCUCUUAGAUGUUUUCUCAGCUAAACUAUGUACUUCGUCAUUGGCUUUUAAAGUUACUAAAAGAAAAGUGGGCAGUAUUGAGCUGUGCUGCACCAUGUUACUUUCUUUUACUGCUCGUUUUUAAAUGUCUAUUAAUUGUUUGCUCAUAAUUGUUUUGCACAAGUUAUAGCCACUGGAAAAACCUCACUAAUUGAAACAAAAAACAAUCACUAAAUUGUUUUGUUGCUGAGAGUAAGUAAUAAAAAGUGUUGCUGAUUUGUGAAAGAAAUAAAAAACGAGCCCUGGUUACAUUUCAAAACUGACCUCUAAGCAACAGAUUUAGCACUUUAGAGCUAUCUAAAAUUCACCACACAGAAGUGCUAUUACUAAGAAGUGCUAUGCACUAAUUUCUGCCAUACAAUUUUCAUAUGGACAUGAGGUCUAUUCUCUGGUAAAGUUAAGGGAGCAGAUAAGAUAUUUGUAAGUUAACAACACGAGUCAAGUUAUUCUGCUAUCCAUUUGUUUAUGUUCUGUAACUUAAAUCCUCAUUAUUUACCUAAUUGUCUCAACUUCCCCAAAAAUUUAAUUAAAUUUCUGAUAUUGAGAAUUUUCCCUCAUAUUACAGGGGUAAAUAACACAUUGAGGUCAUGUAAGUUUAGGAGAAAUACAACAUUCCAUGUGUAGUCAAACUUAAAUUAAUGAGGUGCGACUGUACAUUCAUUUUAUUUUCAUAUACUACAAUCUCCCAAAACCACAAGGUUACCCCCUUCACUUCAGUCUAAUAAUCACUACUAACCAGAUAACUGACUCAAGCAACCCUAGCAAACUCACAGUACGUAUUAGGUUCAGUUAACAUUUAACUUAUUUACAAUUACAAAAAGUUGCAAUUGUUAUAUAACGGAAUAACUACUUCUUUUAAAAUGUAUGUUUGUAAAACCUUUGGCUACAAGUGCUACCUAGUGGUAUCAUUCCAAUAAAUCAUUCUUAUAAAAAAUGUCAAACAUUCCUGUGUUGAUUAUUUUAUUCAUUAUUCUUGUUAUUACCUGUAGGUAAUGAGCAUAAUGUAUUUGAUAUCAACUUCAAUUCUAAAGUACAGCAUACUCUGUAAGAAUUAUGUAGGAUAUAUUUUAUUUAUUGCAUGAAAAAUAUUUUGCUAAAAUAAAAAAUUAUAGCUCAUAGAUUUUGUCAUUUCAAAUUAAAUAUAUUUUCAAUAUAAUGUUACCCAUUUUAUGUUGAGUAGGACAUAGAUUGACCAGUUAAAUGCAAUUGAACUGCAAUGUUUAGUUUUUUGUACGCUUUAAUUACUAGUAAAUUGUUUAAAAUAAUUAAAUAUAAAUAGUUAAUAUAACCAAAAUCACAUACUUGGUGCUUAAGAUAAUUACCUACUUGAGUGGUCUAACCAUCAGUAUCAUUGUGUUUACAAGAGUUAUUCUACCAUUGUUGUGUUUUAAUGUUUUAUUUAGUGUUUUAAAAUUAAGAGUGUUACCUUCCAUGUAAAAUAUUAAUAUCUUAAGACUGCCUCUUGAAAUAUGAUCGAUCGUCAAGCUUUGUAAAUUGUUUGCAUUGUAUUAUACACAUUCUGUAUAUUUGUUUUUAUGUUUCAUAAAUAAAAAUAUUGGUUGUGCCUUUCUCUCAAA